AUGUAUAAUAAAGAAUUUUUGCCAAAAAAAGCGGUGAAACUUGUUAGUGUUUUUUUUAUAUUAACAUAUACUAAUAUGUUUGAUGAAAUUUUAAAUGAAGAAAAUUUAGACAAUUGCUAUGUGGAGGAAGAAUUAAAAAUUAUUAAAGAACAAUCUAGUCAUAUAUUUUCUGAAAAAGUGGAAAAUUCUAGUUCAUUAAUGGUUAAAUAUGUAGAAGAUGAAGGGAAAGAUUCAAUAUAUAUGGGAGGGAGAUAUGUUUUAUCACACAAUAUUGAAUUUUUAUGUAAAAUUAUUCAAAAUUUGGCAAAUUUAAGUGCCACUAUUAUAUUUAUUCCUAAGAAAGAUCAUUUAAUGAUAUGUACACAUAACUCUUCAACAUCAUUAUUUAGUAGAACAACAUUUAACAGUGAUUUUUUUAUUGAAAUUGAUACAUCAUGCCUAGUUGAGAAGGAUCAUGGAUGUUGUAUUAGUAGCCAAUCAGUUAAUACAAUAUUUAGAAUACCUAAUGAAAUUCAAGAAGAUAUCAAUUAUUUUACUAUUAAUGCAGAUCCAUCUAAAGAUUUUAUGGAUAUUAUGUUAUUUGGACCUGGUACAGUUUCUGAACUAAUAAAAGUUAAUCAACUUACAUUUACUAAUCCUAUUGAUGAUUAUUUAUUUCUUCAUAAUACUGAAGAUUUUUGUCUAGUUAGUCAUAUUGAUUUAUGGGAUAGUCUAUUUAAAAGAUCAUCUAAUACACUUUCUGAAAUAAUACUUGAAAUGAAAAAAAAUUCUGUUAUAAUUAAACUAAGAAAACAAAAUACUGGUGUAGUAUCAAAUUUCAACAUUGAAAUUAAAGCUGAAAAUUUUAUCAAAUAUAAUACAAAGACUGAAUUUAUUCUAUCUUUUAGUUAUAGAGAAUUUGUUAUGGCAUGUAAUAUUAUAACAAAAUUGUCAAAGAUGUUUGUACUAGAAUAUGUUAAUGGAGAAGCUCCCUUAAAAAUGACAGUAUAUGACUCUAAUAUUGUUGAUUUUGAGAUAUUUUUUCCAUGUAAUCUGGAAUCACAAUAA